GUCAAGUAAGACUUGUAUAAUCCAGUUGACCUCCUCCAUUCUUUCCUCUUCUCUCUCCCAUACUCUGGACACCUACACAAACAACAACCCAACGCAAACCAGCAACAUCCACUCCCACCAGCUAAACAAAACAUCACCUUGGUUUUAAGAUUCUUCAUAAUUUCACCAAAUUAUCCCACACUUUAAUCAUUUUCUUUAGUUUACAGUUCAUCCUCAACCUACCGGUGAAGUUUCCUCUUCUUGUCGGAUCAUUUGUUUAAUAAUCCUUUAAUUAAUAUAUUAAAUUAAUUCAUAGCUGAUUGCUUAAAUUCGUUAGUUGAGCUCUCGAAAUCGCACGUCUUUUUUCUAUGGUUUCGGUUAGUUGACUCCAUUUUUAAGCAAUAUUAUUCAUUUUGCUUUAUGGGUUGUUCUCCCUUUUGCUUCAUUUUUUGUAAUCAGCAGCCAAGUUGGGGAGUCGGAAUCGUUCCGAUUUUCCGAUUCUGAGGACCAAUUUCAUGGCGGAAUGCUUGAAUUUCGAAUUGGGUAUGUUGGGUUUUCGAAGAAAGUGGAAAUUAGGGUUUGUUGCCAAAGUUUUAUUGGGAUUAUUGGUGGUUUUUUCCCUUUUUGGACCGGCGACGAGUUUGAGACCCUUGAGAGAACGAGCCAGGUCUUGGGGAGAUGAGUGGCUCUUUGUCAAAAAAGAAGACAGCAAUAAGGCACCCUUUUCUAGCUGGAACAUUAGUGGAACCUACAAAGGUAGUUGGAAUUUUUUGGAGUCUGCAAAUUUCUCAUCUAGAUUUCCGGAUUUUAAGAGAUCGGAUGGAAACUCUGUAAUUGAGUUGAUGAGUACCCCAACAAAAAUAACUGGUGUACAUUAUGUUCAGGGAGUUAUUAUAUUUCAUGAUGCUUUUGAUGAUGAUCAUGAAGGAGGUGGUGCUCAAAUUCGGGUAGAAGGUGUAUAUAUCUGGCCAUUUAGGCAACUAAGAAUGGUGGCAAACAGUGGAAAAGAUGGUGAGUUUGGCCCAGAAGAAGACUACCUGUUAUCUAAUCCAUAUCAUUUGCUUGGAGUUUUCUCCUCACAAGUAUUUCAAGAUUCACCACGUGAUAAAAUUUGGAGAAGAAAAAAAUCUCAAGUUCAUGACAUAGAGAAACACUGCAACAUUGAAAUUGCAGCUCAAGUUUCACGUGUUGCUGCCUUGCACAAUGUGCAACACACCUUCAUUGCAUGCACUUUGAGGAAGAGAUUAGAUGGAGAUCAUGAUCGGUAUCAUAUAGAGGGAUUAAUGGAAUCUCCAUCAGCAGACGAAGAUGGAGACUGCUUUUCUCCAUUAUUGCUGAAUGCUACCUCUGUCAAUAUAGAGGUCUAUUACAACAAAGCUGUCAACUAUACACUGAUGGUUACCUUUGUGUCUUUUCUCCAAGUUCUUUUACUGAUUAGACAAAUGGAGCAUAGCAAUACCCAAUCUGGAGCUGCCAAAGUUUCUAUAUUAAUGAUUGGUCAACAGGCUAUUAUGGAUGCUUAUUUCUGUCUUCUACAUCUGACAGCUGGAAUACUAGUAGAAUCCCUGUUUAAUGCUUUUGCAACUGCUGCCUUCUUCAAGUUUGUUGUGUUCUCUAUAUUUGAGAUGCGUUAUCUCUUGGCAAUAUGGAAGGCAAGUAGACCGGCAAACAGUGGCGAAGGCUGGGAAGCCAUGAGACGUGAACUAUCACUACUGUACAGCCGAUUUUAUGGUAUAUUGUUGGGAGGCAUUCUGAUUAUGUACGAAUUCCAUAAUUUUCUGCGAGUUAUCCUUCUGCUUAUGUAUUCUUUUUGGAUACCUCAAAUUGUUACCAACGUCAUUCGUGAUUCAAGAAAACCACUUCACCCACAUUACAUCUUAGGCAUGACCAUUACUCGAUUAGCAAUUCCAUUGUAUGUAUUUGGCUGCCCUAACAACUUUAUGCGAAUUGGGCCUGAUAAGAACUGGUGUAUAUGCUUGUGCUCAUUCAUGGGGCUUCAGGCUCUGGUCCUUCUACUUCAACACUACCUUGGUUCACGAUGUUUUAUACCCCGUCAGAUCCUACCUGAGAAGUACAGUUACUAUAGACGUUUCAGUCAAGAUACAAAUCGUACCACUGAUUGUGUCAUUUGCAUGACUGCCAUUGAUCUCUCUGAGCACUCUAAUGACUGCAUGGUGACCCCUUGUGAUCAUUUCUUCCAUUCUGGAUGUUUACAGAGGUGGAUGGACAUAAAAAUGGAAUGUCCAACAUGUCGUCGAUCCUUACCGCCUGCUUAAAAACAUAAUUCCACUUAGUUGUAGAACAGACCCAAGUAAUUUGCCACGGGCUUUACAGAAACAAAGCAAUUCAUGUUUCCAGAUGUGUUGGGGGUGACAACUUUAUUUUUUAAGUCGACCUGACAAAAGGAUGGUGAGAGAAACAAUUGUCAUUUAACAGUAAUAGAGCAGGGCUUAUAGCCCAAGUAUUAUUCAUGUAUAUUAAUUUUUGUAUAUUAUUUACACUACAGGUUUUCGGAAAAAUAGAAUACAUGUUAAAUGUAGUUUUGUUAAUGAAUGAAACUAAUGAUAGAUGUGUAUAAAUUUUGCAAAAUAAUUUGCAGUAUUAUAUUAUUCUUGGUAUCACCUCAAAUCCCAAUGGUUAUGAGUAGUCGACUACAUUUAAGCUA